GGGGGGGGGUGGGAAGAUGGCGGAGGCUUCACCACAGCCGGGACGGUUUUUCUGCCACUGCUGCUCGGCCGAGAUCGCCCCACGCCUGCCCGACUACAUUUGCCCACGGUGUGAAUCUGGUUUUAUUGAAGAACUUCCUGAAGAGCCAAGGAACGCUGACAAUGAGACCAGCUCCUCUACAUCAACCAGCGAUCAGAGCAGGCAUCCUUUUGAGAAUGUGGAUCAGCACUUAUUCACCUUGCCACAGGGCUAUGGCCAAUUUGCCUUUGGGAUCUUUGAUGACAGCUUUGAGUUUCCAUUUGGGUCCAAUGCGCAGUCGGAAGACAACAGGGACUCUGAGAACCGGAGGGAGCGAGAGCACCAGUCUCGGCAUCGAUACGGUGCAAGGCAGCCCCGAGCCCGCCUCGCCACACGCCGUGCCGCUGGCAGGCACGAGGGAGUUCCCACGCUGGAAGGAAUUAUCCAGCAGCUGGUCAAUGGGAUUAUUGCACCUACAACAAUACCAAACCUAGGACUAGGUCCCUGGGGAGUCUUGCAUUCAAAUCCAAUGGACUACGCGUGGGGUGCCAACGGCUUGGAUGCAAUUAUUACGCAGUUACUAAAUCAGUUUGAAAACACUGGACCGCCGCCAGCAGACAAAGAAAAGAUCCAGGCCCUCCCCACCAUACAGAUUGCACAGGAACACGUAGAUUCUGGGUUAGAGUGCCCUGUGUGUAAAGAAGACUAUACAGUUGGUGAAAAUGUCCGACAGUUACCUUGCAAUCACCUAUUCCACAACAGCUGUAUAGUCCCUUGGCUGGAACAGCAUGACACGUGUCCUGUGUGCCGGAAAAGCUUAAGUGGACAAAACACUGCCACAAACCCCCCAGGACUCACGGGGAUGAACUUCUCCUCAUCCUCCUCCUCCUCUUCCUCCAGCUCACCAAGUAACGAAAACUCAUCGAACAACUCAUGAAUCUUAAUCCAACCCUCUGUCCCCGGGCCCUGUCCAUUGUCCUUCCUCCCCCCCCAGCCAACGUAAGCAACAAAAGGGGCUUCCAGAGCAGAGCGAGGGGAGGGUAGCAAGGGGGAAGCAGCCCCCCCCAGAAUUCCCUUUUGAGCUCCGAAGACACGGAGACUCUGGGUCCUUCAGAGAUGAGAAGCCUCAAGUUCUGUGAUGGGGGGAAAAGAGCUCCGUCUUUUAAUAAAAACAUCCAUUUGCCGUGUGGACUUUUAACCAUUGCAGUGAAGGGCUGCUGCGCUCCACAGAAGGGAAACCUGAGGCGCUGAGCUAGCGGUUGCAAUUCUGAAGGGCAAGGUUGUGUUUGUAUGGUUUUGAAUUUGAGAUUCCUUUAUUUCUGUUGCUCCUCCUCCCCUUGGGUACUAUCUCUUCUGCUUUGGAGGUUGAAGUCUUUGAAAUGAAAGCGUAAUGAUACUGCCUCCCUCCCAGGAUCUCCAGCUGGGCAGGGCCAAUAGUCGUCACUGAAAAAAAUGAACUCUUGAAAUAGACCCCAUUAUCCCUCCCCUCCCCCUCUCAAGUCCCAUUUAUUUUUCUUUAUAACCUCACCCUUCUGAUACUCAACACUGAAAGGGUUUUUAUAAUUUUAAAUUAUUACUGCUGUUAAAUAAAUGGACGUUUCAGCUCAA